AGAUUGGCCAGGGGGAGGAGCUGACGGCCUGGAAGCGACGGCCUGCAGCUGCGGAGCCGGUGUGAGGCGGCUAAGCUGGCCGGGGAGCCCCGGGAGGCGCGAGAGAUGGAGGUGACCGGGAUCUCGGCGCCCACAGUGACUGUAUUCAUCAGCAGCACCCUCAACAGCUUUCGCUCUGAGAAGCGGUACAGUCGUAGCCUCACCAUCGCUGAGUUCAAGUGUAAACUGGAGCUGGUGGUGGGCACCCCGGCGUCAUGCAUGGAACUGGAGCUCUAUGGCGCUGACGACAAGUUCUACAGCAAGCUGGACCAGGAAGACGCCCUCUUGGGCUCCUACCCUGUGGACGAUGGGUGUCGCAUCCACGUCAUCGACCACAGCGGUGCCCGCCUUGGGGAGUAUGAGGAUGUGUCCAAGGUGGAGAAAUACAAGCUCUCACAAGAAGCCUAUGACCAGAGACAAGACUCUGUCCGUUCCUUCCUGAAGCGCAGCAAGCUGGGCCGCUACAAUGAAGAGGAGCGGGCCCAGCGGGAGGCCGAGGCCACCCAGAGCCUCGAAGAGGAGAGGCUCCAGGCUGAUGCCAUCCAUGUGGGCAGCCGCUGUGAGGUGCAGGCGCCCAGCCUGCCCUCUCGCCGGGGCACGGUCAUGUAUGUCGGACUCACAGAUUUCAAGCCUGGCUACUGGGUCGGUGUCCGCUAUGACGAGCCACUAGGGAAAAAUGAUGGCAGCGUGAGUGGGAAACGCUACUUCGAGUGCCAGGCCAAGUACGGCGCCUUCGUCAAGCCCUCAGUUGUGACGGUGGGAGACUUCCCUGAGGAGGACUACGGGUUGGACGAGAUGUGACACCCCAGGAAGGUGACCUCUCAGCUCCAGCUCCUGCUCGCCUCCUUAUCCUCUGUGCCCCGCCCCCCUUGCCCCCGCACCCCAAUGUUUGUGUCAAGGGCCCUCUUUCCCUGAUCCCAAUUCUAUUUUAUUCACUUUUCCCUUGCCACCGGCUCUUAAGACACAUGCAUUAAAUAUGUGAACACUUGGGAGAUGUUUGGAGAGGAUUAUGGGAGGAGGUGGGAGCAGCUAGGUAAGUGAGGGCAUUGUAGAGGAGGGCUGAGUGAAGCUCUGCCUCCCAGCUCGUAGCUGGAGGUCCAAACCAACAGCUGUUUGUCCUGGUAUCAGUUAAUAUAAUCUGCUGCUGCUGCUAUAACAGAGGCCCCAAGAUAACGGGCUUCAACAAGAUGAACGUUUAUUCUUC